AUGGCAAACAUCACAGACACCAAAAUUGAGUCGUUGGCCAAUACUCUGAGAAAGGAAUUUUCACAUGGAGCCACGGUCAUCACCUCAAAGUCAGAAGAAUACCAAGAGAGCAUCGCGCGAUGGUCCUCAGCAGCAGAGAAACGAGCUGCAAUCAUAGUCUUCCCAGUCUGUGCUGAAGACGUCUCCAACGUGAUAAAACUUGCAACGAGUAACAGAAUCGAGAUAGCUGUUCGCGGUGGAGGUCAUUCUACAAGUGGAUCCUCGUCAACAGAAGGCGGAAUCUGCAUCGACAUGUCCAAACUUCGAAAGGUAUCUGUUGACCCAAAGGCAAAAAUUGUUGUUGCGGAAGGUGGCGCUCUCUGGGCAGAUGUUGACAAGGCUGCUGCAGAACAUGAGCUUGCAGUGGUGGGAGGCACGGUCAAUACGACCGGUGUCGGAGGCUUGACCCUGGGCGGUGGAUACGGGUAUUUGGUUGGAGAACAUGGCCUAGUCAUUGACAAUCUCCUGGAAGUGCAGAUGGUACUUGCUGAUGGGAACAUUGUCAUUGCAUCAAGACAUCGAGAACCUAAGCUCUUCUGGGCUGUCAGAGGAGCUGGCGCCUCAUUUGGUGUUAUUCUCUCCUUUACCUUUCGGGCUCAUGAAAUGAAUCGCCCAGUCUGGGGAGGGACAUUGGCCAUCGACAUCGGUGAAAUUGAUAAAGUGGUUGAGUUUGCAAACCGCUUCCUCGAGAAAUCGGACCCAAAAAGCGCCUUGAUUUGGGGCUUUAAGGCAUUAUCUGCAAAUACUUUCUGCAUCAUAGCUGCUGUCUUCUACAAUGGACCAGAGCCACUUGCGACGGAUCUGUUCAGCGGUUUGAUUGGCCUCAAAUUACAUGAGAAUUUUACUGGGAAUCGGCUUUAUUGGACGAUGAAUACUCUGUUGAAUGAAGAUCUGAAGGCCGGGCCCCGAAGAUCCAUGAAAGGCUCAGCAUUCAUUUCUCCUCUUGAUCUGAAGUUCGCCAAGACGUGCCUCGAAGACCUUCGCAAUCUCAUCCAAAAGAUUCCAGAUGCCUCCAUGUCGAUUAUGGUCUUCGAAUUCCUUCCUUUCUGGAAGUUAUUCAGCUUUUCUCAGGACUGUACGGCAUUUGCAAAUCGAGGCGCAUACGGAAAUCUGCUGUGGAUCAUGGGCUGGACCCAAGCAGAUCACGACAAAGAGAUUCGACAGUGGACCCAGGAUAUGAGCUCCAAGUCCCGUCAGGAGUUUGAGAAAUCCAGGAUGACAGCAAGGAUAGGCGGAGUUGUAGCAGAUGGCGUAGGUGAAUACUUCAACUAUGACGGUAUUGGCGUUGGAGGCACACAGGUCUUUGGCGACAACUUCGCCCAGCUGCAAAAGCUGAAGAAGAAAUACGAUCCCAACAACGUCUUUAGCAAGGGCCCACAGUUGGUGCUUCCUAAUACGGGUGCGUAAUGGGCGCUAUUCAAGGGAAGUUAGAUGUUGUGAAAGGCAGUCAUAGAUUUCUAGAGUUGGGCCCAAUGGGAGCAGUGAUGGGUGUCGUGAGGAAGAAUGAGUAGAUGAUUGAUGAUCUGGGCUCAGCUGGGAGUGAUCACUACAGAACAUGGCUUUUUCUUGAACGCGUGGGCUUGGCAGAAGUUUUUGAAGUGGGAGGUUCUAUAUUUUGCUUUUCGUUCUCCAGCAUCAAUUAAGGGCUUGUUUCCACCUCGGGGUACUAUUAUUCAAAAGGAAACAGUGGAUAGACAUUCCUAAACACUUUUACCUCGUAGAAAUGGCAAGGUACCGCACACACGGUUUCAAGAC